UGCUGCUUUUACCACAACAAAAGAUCUGAACCCAAAUGGAUUUUCUUUCACCUUACCUGAAUUCUUCCAUGACUGGACUUGUAAUUUCCAUAUUCCUCUUUGGCUACUUCCUCUUAAGGAGGACCAGAGUAAAUCGUUCUCCCAACUUAGCACCUUUCCCUGCCGGCGCGUGGCCUCUAAUCGGCCACCUCCCUCUGCUGGCAGGACCCGAGCCUCCCAAGUACGGACCACUUUUUACUCUCCGGCUUGGGUUGAAUCAUGCCUUGGUGUUGAGCAGUUGGGAAAUGGCCAAGGAGUGCUUCACCACCAACGACGCGGCGGUGUCGUCGCGGCCGAAGCUCGUCGCCGUCAAACACUUGGGCUACAACUACGCCAUGUUCGGCUUCGCGCCGCAUGGACCCUACUGGCGUGAAUUGCGUAAAAUAGUCACCUUACAGCUUCUGUCAAACCGCCGGCUGGAGCUUCUUUCCUACAUUCGAGUCUCCGAAGUAAAGGCCUCCGUAGCAGAGCUAUACAAGCUCUGGACCGCGAAAAAUAACGGGUCCGGGUCGUGCCAUAUUUCGGUGGAGCUAAAGCAGUGGUUCGGGGAUAUGAGUCUCAACGUGAUACUUAGAAUGGUUGCCGGAAAGCGGUACUUUUCUACUGGUGCGGUGGAUGAUGAUGGUGAGGCACGGCGUUGCCAGAAGGCGCUGGAUGAAUUCUUCCAUUUGCUCGGGUUGUUUGUGGUGUCGGAUGCAAUUCCUUUUCUUGGGUGGUUAGAUAUUGGUGGGCAUGAGAGGGCGAUGAAGAAAACUGCAAAGGAAUUGGAUGGGUUUCUUGGUGAAUGUUUGGAAGAGCAUAAGCGUAAGAGAGCUUCAGGCGGCGUCGCCAGAGGGGAGCAAGAUUUCAUGGACGUGAUGCUUUCUAUCCUCGAUGGCAAACCCCUUGCAGGUUAUGAUGCUGAUACCAUCAUCAAAGCCACAUCUCUGACUAUGAUUGCAGGCGCAAGUGACACCAGCAUGGUAACCCUAACAUGGGCAAUAUCGCUAUUGUUGAACAACCUGCAUGUGUUGAAAAAGGCUCAAGAUGAGCUAGACAGACAAGUGGGCAAAGAAAGAAUUGUAGACGAGUCAGAUAUUGAAAAGCUAGUCUUCCUCCGAGCAAUAGUAAAAGAGACAUUACGUUUAUACCCACCAGCACCAUUAUCAGCACCACGUGAAUUUAUGGAGGACUGCACCAUAGGAGGCUACCAAGUCCCAAAAGGCACCCGGCUGAUCACAAACACAUGGAAAAUCCAAACAGAUCCACGCAUAUGGUCAAAUCCGUUGAAUUUUGAGCCAGAGAGAUUUCUCACCACCCACAAAGAUGUUGAUGUUAGGGGUCAACAUUUUGAAUUGAUCCCUUUUGGAAGUGGUAGAAGGGCAUGCCCUGGAACGUCUUUUGCCCUUCAAAUGGUACACUUAGCCCUCGCCAGUUUUUUGCACAUGUACGAGAUUUCAACUCCCUCUAAUGCACCGGUUGAUAUGAGUGAGAGGUUUGGAAUAACAAACGUAAGAGCCACCCCACUUGAAGUUCUCGUCACACCGCGCCUACCGUCGGAGCUUUAUGGAGUAAACACUGUUUGAUGAAUUUAUAUAUUAGUGUUACUUAUUUAAUAAAUUACUAUAUAAGUACUGUAGUAUAAUUGAAAUGAUGGGUAGUUGUUAUUUCUGGACCCCUCUGGUCAAAUAUCGGGUGCUGGUUUCUGAACCUGGCUGGCUAAUUUUACCAUGAUACAUUGGACCUGAAGGAUAAGGACGACGUUACAUCAGUGAUGGAAGAAAGAAACAAAACUAUCAGCCCAGACGUCAUCCGACCCGCCACCAGUCAUCAUCAAAGAAACAAGCUUGAUUGCCGAGCAAAAGCAAGAAACUUCUCCCGUCGUAUAAUGGUCGCCCUAUCACAGGCCUAACUUUACAAACACUUUAAAGGAAGAAAAAAAAUCAGCCAAAGACUUUAAAGAAAGUUUGGCAAUGGAUCUACAAUGAUAUUCUUCA